UUUUGAGACGAAUCUCAUACUCAACACAUAAAAAGAAGAACAUGUCGGUACACAAAAGUAAAGCCCACCAAAGAAAAGAGUUAGAUAAAGAGUAUUAACAAUAACAACAACAACCAUAAAAUUUAUAAUGUCGCUCUCAUCAAAAACUCAAAACAGUGUGUUAUUAUUCAUAUGAAAUUUUUUUUUUUGAAACCCUUCGAAAUCUCCGCCUCGUAUCUCUUAUAUAACGCAUCUCUCCAAACUCCUAAGCAUGUCCCUCUCCGUCAACUCUAACGGCCAUGUCAGCCUCCGCAGCUGAACCCGUCGACUCUCUCCGUCGCAGAUCUCGUAACGGAAACCACACUAACGGCGUCGCUGUUGAAGACCAUCGCGUCGGAGAUACAGAUACUCCAAUGGAGAUCACUGCUAAGAACAACGGCUACGCCAACGGUGUCGGGGGAGGAGGGUGGAGGAGCAAGGCGUCGUUCAUGACGUGGACGACGCGUGAUGUUGUCUACGUGGCGAGACACCAUUGGAUACCAUGCAUGUUCGCUGCGGGGCUCCUGUUCUUCAUGGGCGUCGAGUACACGCUCCAGAUGAUUCCUGCGAGAUCUGAGCCGUUCGAUCUUGGGUUCGUGGCCACGCGCUCAUUGAAUCGCGUCUUAGCCUCUUCUCCGGAUCUUAACACUGUUUUAGCCGCACUAAACACGGUGUUCGUAUUGAUGCAAACAACGUAUAUUGUAUGGACAUGGUUAGUGGAAGGACGAGCACGAGCCACCAUCGCGGCUUUAUUCAUGUUCACGUGUCGCGGCAUUCUCGGCUACUCUACUCAGCUUCCUCUUCCUCAGGAUUUUUUAGGAUCAGGAGUUGAUUUUCCGGUGGGAAACGUCUCUUUCUUCCUCUUCUUCUCGGGCCACGUUGCUGGCUCGAUGAUCGCAUCGUUGGACAUGAAGAGAAUGCAGAGGUUUAAGCUGGCGAUGGUUUUUGACAUCCUCAAUGUAUUACAAUCGAUCAGGCUGCUCGGUACGAGAGGACACUACACCAUCGAUCUUGCCGUUGGUGUUGGUGCGGGGAUUCUCUUUGACUCACUGGCCGGGAAGUACGAAGAAUUAAGCAGAAGACACCACCUAGGGGAGAAGACACCACCUAGGAACUGGUUGUAGUUUGAUAUCGAAAGACUCUCUAAUCAAUUUUACAUGUGUUUUCUGUCAAAUGUUUUACCUUAACACUAAAUAGUUAAGUUGAAAUUUAGUCUAAUGACUUAAUUAUUUCUUCUUUAAAAUGGUUCAUUUAAUACCGUUUCUUGAACAUAA